AUGGCGGACACCAAGGUGGCGCGUGUGGGCCUUCUGGACUUCAACACGUUCGCGCAGGCGGAGGGAAUCGACCCCAAGGCGGAGGGGGUCGUCACGCAGAAGGCGCUUCCCCCGCAGGCGCGCCCGCAGCCCGAUCAGUCCCUCCCCGUGCGCCCGCAGAGCAACGGCGCGCAGCGGGACGCGGAGAGGCGGCAGCAGCACCAGCCGCUGCUUGUGGAGACCCCUCCGUGCCGGUCGCCGUCGGACUCGUUAGGAGCGAACUCGUUAGAAGCGAACGCGCUAGAUGCGAACUCGAUAGAAGCGGACUCGUUAAAAGUACAAGGGAGAGCGGCAGGAGCGGAGAAGAAGGCGGGGUGCUUUGAGAUCGAGAGCGCGUUUGGGCGAGUGUACCACGGGCUGUACGGGCAGGAUGACGUGGCAGUGAAGCUGAUCAGCGUGUCGCCCAACAUCCCCGCUAAAGAGCUGGCGAGCAUAGAGGCGGGCAUCCUGCAGGAGAUCACCGUGUGGCACACGCUCAAGCACCCCAGCAUCGUGCAGUUCAUAGGAGCCUCGUUAGACGCCAGCAACAUUGUGGCGCCAGCAGAGGCAAAGCCGCCGCCCGGCACGCCGCUGUGGGCGAUCGUCACGGAGUACAUGUCAGGCGGCACGCUUCGGAACUAUCUGGCGCGCAGGCGGCACCUGGCGGAGAAGGACGUGCUGCGGAUUGCCCUGGAUGUGGCUCGAGGGCUGGAGUACCUGCACGCGCACCACAUAGUGCACCGGGACCUCAAGUCAGACAACAUCUUGGUGAGCUACAAGGGCAGUGUCAAGAUCGCUGACUUUGGCGUCGCUCGCACCGAGGCCAAGAACCCGGGGGACAUGACGUGCGAGACCGGCACUGUGCGAUGGAUGGCGCCUGAGGUGAUAGACCACAAGCCGUACACGCGCAAGGUGGACGUGUACAGCUACGGCAUCGUGCUGUGGGAGCUGGUGACGUGCGAGCUGCCCUUCAAGGGGCUCACCUUCAUCCAACUCGCCCACAACGUCGUGCACAAGAACCAACGGCCGGACAUCCCCCCUUCAUGCAACCCGGAGCUGGCAAAGCUUAUGGCGGAGUGCUGGGACCGUGACGAGACAGUGCGCCCCGAGUUUGCUGCCAUUGUGGCUCGGCUGGAGAAGAUCCAAGCAGAGAUAGGGUCGGGGGGAGAUGGUAAAAGCAGUGGUGACACUGGGGAGGGCUGUUGCACGAUACUGUAA